AUGACUGGUCGUGCAGCGCAGAGCGCUACCAAGAGAUGGCUCGGUGACAAGGGCACGUGGCCCGUACUCGUGACGUGCGUGGCCGCUGGGGGUCUGUGCACGGCGCAGUGCGUGCGCUACUUGUCCGGCCACCCGGACGUGAACUGGAACAAGGGGAACCGUCAGGACCUUUUCCGCUACAAGGAGGACACUGGGGCUGGCUGGCAGUCGCACCGUCGCAAGAUCGCUACGAUGCACAAGAACGCCAUCAACGAAGCCAAGGGUCUGAAUGAAUAG